GAGCGGAGGCACCACAACAGCCGACAUGAGGACGCACACGCUUCUGUCCCUGACGCUGCUGGGCCUGCUGCUGUGGGCCUCCUGCAUCCAGGCCGACGACGCAGAGGAGAACAGUGACACACCGACAGAAACACCAGAGGAGAGCAAAGAAGAAGCUGCAGGACAGACAGAGGAGGAGGAGGUGAAGAAAGAGAAAACCACCGAGAUAGAGGAGGAGAAAGAUGUGAUGGUUCUCCACAUCAACAACUUCGACAGAGCUCUGAGCGAGAACCAGUUUCUACUGGUGGAAUUCUACGCGCCCUGGUGUGGUCACUGCAAGCGUCUGGAGCCGGUGUACGCUGAGGCUGCUGGGAAACUGAAGGGGGAGGAGUCAAAGAUGCGUUUGGCCAAAGUGGACGCGGCGGUGGAGAAGGAGCUGGCGGAGGAGUUUGAGAUCGGAGGAUUCCCAACUCUCAAACUGUUCAUCGAUGGUGGCCGCAAGCCUGUCGACUUCACCGGUAAGAGGACAGCAGAGGGAAUCGUCCAGUGGAUGAAGCGUCGUUCAGGUCCUGGUGCUCCACUGCUCGACUCUGCAGAGUCUGCAGCUCAGUUCAUCGACGCUCAUGACAUCAAUGUCGUUGGAUUCUUUGACGAUCUGGACAGUGAGGCGGCGAAGCUGUUUAAGGAACUUUCCCUGGACGUGACGGACACAGAGUUUGCUCUGACAGCGACUCCUGAGGUUUUCCAGAAGUAUGAAGUGCAAGAAAACUCAGUGGUGCUUUUCAAAAAGUUCGACGAUGGCAGAGCCGACUUUGCGUUGUCAGAAGAAGGGACACUGGACAAAAAGAACCUGACCAAGUUCAUCGACGAAAACAGUCUGGAGCUGAUCAUCCCAUUCAAGCAGGAGACUUCAGAUAAGAUCUUCUCCUCGAAGAUCCUCCUGCACAGCCUGCUGUUCAUCAACUCCACCGUGGAGAGUCAGACGGCUCUGCUGGACGCAAGCAGGCCUGUUGCCAAAGAGUUCAAGGGCAAGAUGCUGUUCAUUGUCAUCGACGUGACGGCCGCCAUGUCUCAUGUGCUGACAUACUUUGGCGUGGCCGAGGGCGACGCCCCCACUGCUCGCAUCAUCAACAUGGACACGGGAAAGAAGUUCAACAUCGACACCAGUGACCUCAGUGUAGACUCACUGCGACAACUGUGCCAGGAGGUUGUGGGUGGCACCGCCAAGCCGUACUAUCGCACAGAGGAGAUCCCAGAGGACUGGAACAAAGGACCAGUCACUGUCCUGGUGGGGAAGAAUUUUGAAUCUGUUGCUCUGGACCCGACCAAAAACGUCUUUGUGGAGUUUUAUGCUCCAUGGUGUGGACACUGUAAGGAGCUGGCUCCCAUCUGGGAUAAGCUGGGUGAGAAGUACGCUGGCCACGAAGAUAUUAUCAUCGCCAAGAUCGACUCUUCAGCCAACGAGAUAGAGUCUGUCACUAUUCAAGGAUUCCCCACGCUCAAGUAUUUCCCAGCCGGCGGCAAAGAGGUGGUCGAAUUCGCUGGAAACAGAGACCUGGAGACUUUCUCUAAGUUCCUGGAUGAUGGAGGAGUGUUGCCUCAGGAGGAAAGUAUUGGUGUUGAGGAGGAUGAGGAAGAUGAUGAUGAUGAUGAUGAUGAUGAAGAUGAUGAUGAUGAUGAUGCUGAGGAGAGUGACAAGGACGCUGACGACUCUGAAGAGACGCCGACCAACACAACAUCUAAAGAUGAGCUAUGAUGUCACUUUGAGCCAAUCAGAAUCCAUGUAGCGUCUUCAGGUUUUCUUAAUAAAAUGAA